AAAAUACCGGUUUUCCGAACUUCAAAAAAAUAAGCAAAAUUUCGUAUUUCAUUUUCUUGUUUUGCUAGUGUGUUUUCGUCGCUGUUAUUAAGCUUAAGCGAGUGUUUAUUAAGGCGAGUUUUUAGUAGCGUACAACAUUUGCGGACGUACACAACUUGCCAGCAAGCUUACGCGUUGUCAAAGUAGAAAUUAUCGCCGAUUGCAUAAAGAAAUAACGAAAAUCUUACAAACUUCGCGAACUUUAACUUUUGUGUAGCAGAAAAAUCGAUUUAGUGUGCGCCAUAAUGAAAUUGUUUAUUAAGCUGGUCGUCGUUGCUGCCGCGCUCGCUUGCGCACGCGCCGAUGUCUCGCACAUACUACACCAGGGCGGCUAUACCACAACAACACCACAGCCAGGGCCACCUAAUCCGUAUGUCUUCAGCUAUCAGGCUGGCCGUGCGCCAGGUCAUGUGGAUCGCCAGCAUACCGAGGUCUCCGAUGGCACGGGUGUGGUACGUGGCGCCUUCUCCUAUGUGGAUCCGAAGAAUCAAUUGCGCACCGUACAAUAUGUAGCCGAUGAGCAUGGUUUCCAUCCGCAGUUGAGUCACGAACAGGAGGAUACCGAGGCGGUGAAGCAGGCGAAGCGCAAGCAUUUUGCGCUCUACAAUCGCAUUGCGCAAGAACAUGCCGCCGAGGGGGUGAACGGCGCACCGAAUGCUGCCUAUGCCGCUGGGCCGCGCAACACCGAGGCUGUCGCCUAUGCCACACACAAGCAUCUGAGUGAAUUCGAGCGCAUUGCUGCGGAACAUGCGCGCAUGCGCGCCGAACUGGAGGCGCAGCGCUUGAACAAUCCACAGGAUGAUGGCCAGUACCAUGGCGAGGAGGAGCAAUAUCAGCACUACUAAACUCGAGUCGUAUUCUUUAGUUCGCUUGUACAUAAUAUGUUUCACUUCAGUUCUACGUAGUUAAAUGCCUUAGUAAUUUGCUUUUGUGAUUUUCGUGUACCAAUCCCCUUAGCUGCAAUGUGCAUGUGUAGUAUAUAUGUAUUUGUAAUAUGUUUGGCUUGCCAAUAAAUGUUUGUUGCGCCGCAACAAUAUGCUCAAAAGCUUCCAAA